AUGCGCGGCGUAACCUUCAAGGGAAACCGGGAAGCGGAGAUUCAAGAGUUUCCGGACCCUCACGCCGGACCGGGCGACGCGGUUCUCAGAGUUAAAGCGUCAGGGCUUUGCGGCACUGAUUUGCACCGGUAUCGUGGCGCCGCUCCCACGGUCAUGAUCACCGGGCACGAGCCGUGCGGCGUCAUCGAGGAGUUGGGGCCCGGCGCGCCGCCGGGGCUGAAACUUGGAGACCGGGUAAUGUGUCACCAUUACGCCGGUUGCGGCGUUUGCGAAAUCUGCGCCAUGGGCUACGAGCAACUGUGUCCCAGCGGCCGGAUUACCUUUGGCGGCGGCACCGGCCACGGGGCCAACGCGGACUACAUACUGGUCCCCUCGCGGACGUUAGUCCACCUGCCGGAGGAGUUGUCCUUCGAGGAGGGAGCGGCCAUCUCGUGCGGAACCGGGACGGCGUGGAACGGUCUGCGGAAGAUGGACGUUUCAGGCAGGGACACGGUGGCGGUGUUCGGGCAAGGGCCGGUGGGUCUCAGCGGCACACUGUCGGCGAAAGCUAUGGGAGCCAGGGUGAUUGCGACGGACGUGGUCCCGGAGCGGCUGCAACUGGCCCUGGACAUGGGUGCGGACCACGUGGUCAAUUCCGCCGACGUUGACGCGGCGCAAGCCAUCCGCGACCUGACGGGAGGCGCCGGAGCGUCGGCUUCACUGGAAACUUCCGGUAAUCCCCAAGCCAGGAGCCAGGCUCUGCAGUGCCUGCGCCCGUUCGGCCGUUGCUGCUACGUCGGAAUCGGCGGCCCAGCUGAAAUCGACUUCAACCGCGACAUCAUUUUCAAGGUGGUUUCCAUCUACGGUUCCUGGACUUUCAGCAAGUCUGAACUUAUUGAGAUCGCCCGGUUCUUCGUUGAAACGGGCGCCCCGCUGGCCAAGCUUAUUACUCACCGCUACUCCCUGGACCAAGCGAUCGAAGCGUUCCAGACCUUCGACGGAGCUACAACAGGGAAGUGCGUGUUCGUUUUUGAUUGA